ACGCGGUUGCUGAGGGGACUGGCGCGGCGACGGUGGCUGGGCGAGCCCCAUUCCCUCCUAAUCCUCCCCGCACUAAGAUGGCGGCUGAUCCUCCUCCUCCUCAGGAGUUUGGCGUCGCCGAAGAACGGAGUGGGCAUUGCGCCGUGGUCGAUGGGAAUUGUCUUUAUGUGUGGGGGGGAUAUGUGUCUAUUGAAGAAAAUGAAGUUUAUUUACCAAAUGAUGAACUUUGGAUCUAUGAAAUUGACAAUGGAUUAUGGUCAAUGCAUCUAAUGGAAGGGGAGUUGCCUCCAUCCAUGUCUGGAAGCUGUGGAGCCUGCAUUAAUGGAAAACUCUACAUCUUUGGAGGAUUUGACGACAAAGGAUACAGCAAUCGGCUCUAUCGUGUUAAUUUGAGAACAAGAAAUGGAAUUUAUUUAUGGAAGCAAAUUACAGACUUUAAAGGUCAGCCUCCUACACCACGUGACAAGCUUGCUUGCUGGGUGUAUAAAGACAGAUUAAUCUAUUUUGGUGGUUACGGUUGUAGGAAGCAAAAUGAGCUGAGUGACUGUUUUGAUGUUCAUGAUGCAUUUUGGGAAGGUCAAAUAUUCUGGGGAUGGCACAAUGAUGUUCAUGUUUUUGAUACAAGUACGCAAACUUGGUAUCAGCCAAAAAUUAAACGUGGAAUUGCACCUCAGCCUCGAGCAGCUCAUUCAUGUGCAGUCAUAGGGAAUACAGGCUAUGUCUUUGGAGGACGGGUUUUGCAAACAAGGAUGAAUGAUUUACAUUCUCUGAAUUUAGAUACCUGGGUUUGGUCAGGAAAAAUUGGUACAAAUGGAGAAACGCCAAGAGACAGAUCAUGGCACACAUUGACUCCUGUGACAGAUGGGAAACUUUUCCUGUUUGGUGGACUGAGUUCAGACAAUGUACCCUUAAGUGACGGUUGGAUUUAUGAUGUUGCAACAAACGAAUGGCAACAACUUACAUACUUACCAAAGAGUAGACCUAGAUUAUGGCAUACAGCCUGUCCUGGCAAAGAAGGUGAAGUAUUAGUCUUUGGAGGAAGUAAAGAUGAUUUGCAUUUCCUGGACACAGGACAUUGCAGUGAUUUAUUGAUUUUUCAAACACAACCAUAUUCGCUUCUCAGAUUGAGUCUUGAUUGUAUUGGUAAAAAUGCUGUCCUCUUGGAGAAACAAAUACCUUGGUUACCAUCUAGACUUUUGGAAGAAGUUGUGGAUAAGAUAACUUUUUGGGUUGCUGUUAAUCAUCGUCAGAAAAAAAAAGCCACAGCAGAAGGGCAUGAGUAGAUUAAUGCCUCCUAAACAACAGUUCCACGUCAUUUUAAAGUACACAAUACUGACUAUUAUUGGUAAAUUGUUUGGACUAAAUUCUAAGAUUUCUGGAUGCACAAGAAACAGCUUCAAAGGUUAUCAGUGUCAUAACAGCUCCAGUUCAAGGCUCUGAAGAUUAAAAGUUUUCUUGGACUUAAGAGCAAUUUGAUCCAAUUAUUAUUAUUAAAGAUAAUGGGGUUCCUGGCAGUGAAAAUGCUAUUUGGCCAAAUUUGUUGGUAUAAACUUCUGCCGUUAUUUGAAAAGGAGAUUUUUUAAAAAGUUGAAUUGUGUUAAAAACCAUUGUGCAAACUCAAAAUCCUUUCACAACAGUUAUCAAAGUUUUGACAGUGUUGUCCAUUCUGUUGAUUGUGUAAAAUUUGUAUUUAACAGUUGAAAAUAUUUCCUUAAUUUAUUGUAAAAAGUAUUUAUAAAAUACUGUUUUCUAUU